CAUUGAAUAUUAACCCUUUGACCACACCCAUAUUAGUCACGCCCUUCACAUCUUCAUUGAUAGAACAUUCGAACCAGGAAACUUUAGAGUUUUUGAGAUUUUCUGAUAUGCUCAGGCACACAGUAUUCAAAAUUACUAGAAAUGUCACAAGUGUCAGGACAGUGAAUACUGUAGCUCAAGACCUAUCACCUGAGGCUUUGGCCCAGCAAGAGUUUUCAUAUUCUAAAGUCCAGUUAUUGGGGCGUGUCGGUCAAGACCCUAAGUUGGUUGGUCUUUACCAAGAGACAGCACUCUUUCAUGUUUUUGUCAACUAUCAUCCGAGUCAGUUAUCUGAAACAGAACCAGAUCUAUUCGGGGAUGUGUUAAGAUCCAGAGCAAAUUGGUUCACCGUCUUUGCUACAAAACCUUCACUAAAGACAUACGUAAUGGAGUCUGUACGGAAAAGGACACGUGUGUUGUGUAUUGGAUCCUUAUCUAGAGAUGCUGAAAGAAACGUAUUCACCGUCAAACUCAAUGACCUUAUCCUGAUAGAUACUCCUCGUCUUGAGUUGAAUAAAAGAGGAACAGCUGGCAAAAGGAAAAGUACAAGCUGAAACUUUCCUUAUAUAAUUAUGACAUUUAGUAUAAUGAUAAUGAUAAUAAUUAUAUAUUCAUAAUAUUCACACACAUAAACAACUAUGGUAUCUAUAAUUGUAUAAAGUCACAGAAAAUUAA